AGACUUUGCAUGCAUCCCUAUAUACAUUUAUUCCAUCAUUUCUGUAUGUUGCUGAGAAUUAAAUUGAGAAUAUUUUUAUAAAUCAUUUCUCAACUUACUUACGCUUCUCAUUUUUGUUUUGUUGCAGAAAUGGCGUGGAAAGUCGUUAUUUUCACUGACGAAAACAAAGUUAGAGAAGUUCCAGUUGGAUGGGUGAACGAAGAAGUAAAAACUUGCGUUUGGCCCUCUAUACGAACGGAGAGCAAAGUAACGAAGUACAUUGAAGAGUGUAGACCUCCCUCUGAAAAGUGGCGUUGUUUCAACGUUAGAAUCCUAGCGAAAGGGAAAAUUUUCU